UCUCGUCAUCAACGUUCCGUGUCUUGGUUAAGAAAAACUGAAUAUCUAUCUACCGAACUUUAUAAUAAGUACAACAAGGCUGAAAAGGUUGAAACAAAAAUUGGUCAUAAUACCAAACGUCGCUUCACAGAAGAUAUCGUUUAUCGCGACAGAGAGAGUCAAAUCCAUGCAAUUGAGGAAACUUUUGAAGCCGUGCAGAAACCAAUUAAAAAACAUUAUAGCAAACCCGGUGUUACCGCCGUCGAAGUUCUGCCAGUCUUGCCCGAUUUCAAUUUGUGGCGUUAUCCUUGCGCUCAGGUUUGUGGUAUACAUUACAAUAGUUUCGUUUUCAUUCUUAGUGAAUUUGAACCCAGAUUGU